AUGCCAUUCUUUUCGUACCAUUCUGUGAAAAAGGACCCAAUACCAACAACGUCUUGGAAAAAAAAUAAAAUCGCUCAAUGGUUGCAAGACAAGAAUGUAGAGGUUGACAAAACAUGGCUCAAAAUUGAACUGUUAGACAAGGUUCAUCAGUUUCGACCUGUUGAUAAAUACGUCAUUGACGAAGAAGCAAAAAAAUAUAAUAAAAUUGUCCUACGUUUACCACCGUACCAUUGCGAAUUAAAUCCAAUUGAAUUAGCAUGGUCGGUGGUAAAAAAUUACGUGAGGCAUAACAAUACUACGUACAAAUUGAACGAUGUACGGCAAUUGUUGAUAGAUGGAGUUAAAAAAGUUACUCCGGAAAUGUUGGCCAAUUUUGUAAAACACACCAUCGCAGAAGAAAACAAAAUGUGGGAUAUUGAUUGUAUUUCAGAAGAAAUGUUAGAAGAAAAUGCUUCAACCACUCAUGUACUCACAAUAACAGGGGAGACAACUUCUGAUUCCGACUAA